UAUAGCACGUGGGGUGUUUGGUGUUAGUUGAUUAAAAUAUCUUUUAUUUUUAAAAGAAAGAUCAACUAUUUGAUUUUUAAAAAUAAAUAAAUAAAAUAUCGAUGCUUAAAAUGUUACCACCGGCAGGCGUGCAAACACACGCCAUGGACCAUGAACAUACCAUUGAUGCUAAUAAUCAGCGUGUUCGAUCGCAUCCUCGUGAUAUUCGUGACAUGUCAAGAGAUGAACGUUUUUUAACGCAUUUAAAUCGUUCAACGCUAUCAGCUCGUGAACGAUUUCAAUCUUCAAGUAGUACAGAAGAUAAUGACAGUGGAUCAGAUCAAGAACAUGGUUUGGAUGAUGGAAGUCAUGUGGGAGGUAUGGGUGGUGUUGGAGGUACUAAACUAUCAUCAUUACAUGGAGGUAUGCAUGGUGGCAGUGGUGGACAUCAUACGAUACGUAAAAGACGUGGUAAUCUACCAAAGCAUUCGGUGAAGAUUUUAAAACGUUGGUUGUACGAACACCGAUACAAUGCAUAUCCUAGUGAUGCUGAGAAGUUAACAUUAUCACAAGAAGCCAAUUUAACAGUCUUACAGGUAUGCAAUUGGUUUAUAAAUGCACGCAGACGCAUACUACCUGAAAUGAUACGACGUGAAGGUCAUGAUCCACUACAUUACACGAUAUCCAGACGUGGCAAGAAACUAAUGAGCAACAGUUCCCAAGUCAACGAGUUGAUCACAUCAUCAACACAUGGUGGUCAUGGUCAUCAUGGUGGCACAGCUGCACAUACACAUGGAAGUGCUGUGACUGCUGCACUACAAGGUUUGGGUGUGAAUGUAGGUGUACCAGCUGGAUGGGAAACGGUUGUUGAAGAAGAGAUCACAACAACAUCACCAGCACAUCACAGAGGUGAUGGUGGAACAACGAUUAUAACAACCAGUGGAACAGUGUUGGGACGUGCGGCUGGACUUGGAGGUAUGGACCAUGACUACGAUGAUGGCAUCACGUUAAUGUACCGUAGCGAGGAGGACAGUCCAAAUGAUUAUGAGAGUUCAAGUCCGUCUGAAGAAGAUAAAUUUAGUCCAGCAGCGUGGCAGAGUGUUAUACGUUAUGGUUUAAAUGAUGAACAACCACAUCCAGCUAAACGAGGUAGUGGUGGUGUAACAACAACAACAACAACAACACAAAUAAAAGAAAUACCAACAACAAUAAUAACAACAACAACAACAACAAAUAGUAAUAAUAAUAAUAGCAGUAGUAAUAACAAUAGUAAUAAUAUAAUAACAAUACAACAACAACAACAAGAACAAGUUGAACAUGAUGAGUUACUACAAGAUGAAGAAGAAGAUAAUGAUAAUGAUGAACAAGAUACAACAACAACAAGAACACCAACAAGAACAUUAGAAUAUUGGAAUGUAAGUGGUGGUGGUGCUUUAAGUGUAGCACAUCCACAUUUAGCACAUUUACCACAAUUACCACAUCCAUUAUCAAAUCCAAAAGUACAAGUAAUGCCUGCACAUCAUAAUAAUACAACAACAACAACAACACCAACAACAGGAGCAACAUUAACAACAAAUAAUAAUAAUAAUAGUAGUAAUAGUAAUAAAUUAAAACAACAACAACAACAAAGUAGUAACAAUGAUACAACAACAACAACAACAACAACAGUACAAGUUGAUAAAGAUAAAUUUAAAUGUUUAUAUUUAUUAGUUGAGACAGCUGUAGCUGUUAGACAACGUGAAAAAGAACAAGAAGAUAUUGUACAUAUAUAACAAUAAACAACAA